GAAAGAAGAAAAACAAAGCCGAAAGAAACUCAGACCAGAGCUGAAGUGAAUCGUGACACUGGGAAACAGAAACAAACGGGAGGAGCAACGCCCACCGAUCAGUGCUCGGAUGGAGAUUUAAAGUGUAGAGCUCUCAAGAUGUGAGCAGCUCGUGACGCGCAGGGAUAACAAAAACCUUUUUUUGUUUUCUUUCCCCGCCUAGAGCACAACCCCAGGGUGCUGGUCACAAAGUCCGAGCAGGGAGCUGUGGAUGUCCGCUGAUGUGCGCAGCAGAGGAUGAGUGGCACUGCGGGCAACAAACGCGCACUCAUCCAUCCUUCUCUGUCGGAUCUGAAGAGUGUUUUUGUCUUUCAUCUCAGCCUCCUUACAUCCUGAAACGAAACAUUUCUAAAUCCGAGGAAACUAGUGAGCGCGGAACCUGUUGGCAGCGACCAUCUGUUUGCUUCCCCUCCAACUACUAUUUGGUUUAAAUUUGUAAUAAACUUAGCUGUGCGCUCGUUUUUUUUUUUCAUGAUAACCUGGGUUUUAAAUUGUGUGAGCAACACUCUCCUACUUUUUGCUCCUUUUCUUCACUCUAAGGCUGACUUCAAUCAUUUGGACGAGUCAGCACAUUUUGGAUGAGGAUGCUCACUGUUAGCGGGAAGAUUCCCGGAUUCCAUGCAAAGUAAACUGAUUUAUUUCUCUCCCCCCGCUCUGGAAGAAUGGCUCCUAAAAACAGACUGAUGAUGAUGAGAGUGAACAGGUUUAUUUCAGGCUAAAAAAAAAAACAACUUAAACCCAGGCGGAAAAAUGCCAAGUUUUAAUUCAGAUCUCGGAUAAAGUACCACGGUGGAAAAUAAUAAAUACGAGGGAAAUAGAUCUUUAAUCAGUUAGUAUUUUGUUUUGUUUUGUAAGAUCUGCACAGUUUGUUGGGGAGGACAGAGAGACCAACAGGCGAUCCUAGAAGCAGCUUGUUGAUGGCACUGCGCACAGGGAGGACUUGGUUCGGGCAGGUCUUGCGCAGGGUCUCUCGUCUGCAGGGCUCUUGGUCCAGACGAUCCAGCAGUCUGCUGUGUCUCUCCGCGAACCAGGAGCAGGAUCUGGGGGUCUGCCACCGGGAUCACUACAAAGCGGGGGACUUCGGUGCCCACAGUCCCCACAGCACCCCAGCCUCCGGGCGCUGCCCAGGCGGCUUUCCUCACGCUUGCUGCGCCUUACCGGGUCACCCGAGGGGACAUGAGACCCUCGGUCGCCGAUUCCUGUUGGCCAUGAAGCGGCAAAACGUGCGGACCCUGUCGCUCAUCAUCUGCACGUUCACGUACCUGCUGGUGGGGGCCGCCGUGUUUGACGCCCUGGAGUCCGAGUUUGAGAUGCGCGAGAAGGAACAGCUGGAGGCCGAGGAGAAGCGGCUGCAGGGGAAAUAUAACAUCAGCGAGGAUGAUUACCGUAAACUGGAGAGCAUCAUCAUGGAGGCUGAGCCCCACAGAGCCGGGGUGCAGUGGAAAUUCGCAGGCUCCUUUUACUUUGCCAUCACGGUCAUAACCACUAUAGGCUACGGGCAUGCAGCUCCUGGGACUGACGCGGGAAAGGCCUUCUGCAUGUUUUACGCUGUCCUUGGAAUCCCUUUGACUCUCGUCAUGUUCCAGAGCCUUGGCGAGAGGAUGAACACAUUCGUCAAGUACCUCCUCAAACGCAUCAAGAAAUGCUGUGGGAUGCGCAUCACAGACGUGUCCAUGGAGAACAUGGUGACCGUAGGAUUUUUCUCCUGCAUCGGCACGCUCUGCAUUGGAGCCGCUGCUUUCUCUCAUUAUGAGGACUGGAGCUUCUUUCAGUCCUACUAUUACUGCUUCAUUACAUUAACAACAAUAGGCUUUGGGGACUUUGUGGCCCUUCAAAAGAACCGGGCCCUACAGAAGAAGCCCCUGUACGUGGCCUUUAGUUUCAUGUAUAUCCUUGUGGGCCUGACAGUCAUCGGAGCCUUCCUGAACCUGGUCGUGCUCCGUUUUCUGACUAUGAACAGCGAGGACGAGCGGCGGGAUGCAGAGGAACGUGCGUCCCUCGCAGGGAAUCGCAACAGCAUGAUUAUUCACAUCCAGGACGAAUCGCUGCAGCGGAGCCGGCGACGACGAGAGCCAUACAGGACGGAGGUGACCGACCUGCAGUCGGUGUGCCCGUGCAUGCACUACCGCUCGCACGACUACGGCAGCUCCGGCGGCGGGAUCGGAGGCCUGGGCUGUGCCUUUUCCCAUCAGAACUCGUUCAGCUCGCAGCUAAACCGCAAUCAGUACUUUCACUCGGUUUCCUACAGGAUUGAGGAGAUCUCGCCCAGCACGUUGAAGAACAGCCUCCUCCCUUCGCCCAUCAGUUCAGUUUCUCCUGGCCUUCACAGCCUCACAGACAAUCACCAGCUCAUGAGGAGAAGGAAAUCUAUCUAAAGCUCCGCACUCACAGGACCAGUGAGUUUUUAUGUUUUAUACACACUAGGUCAAACAUUUUCAAUGCUGCUCUUCACCAGAUUUUCAUUUUAGCACUUUUUUCCCUUCCUGGUUUGGUAAUAUGAAAUAAACGUUUUGCUGGGAACAGAUAAAGACGAUUGGGCUGAACAGGAAGAGUUGGACCCAAGAGGAUGCAAAGCAUGAAGCAUGGAUGUCUAUUUUUUCAAGAAUUGAUUUAAAGAGACUCUACGUGAACAAUAAAACUUGACUUAUUACAGAUUUACAUUAUAAAAUGAAUACAUGAACUUUGGUUACGUAUAAAACGAUGCACACUGGGGAAAUGCUAUUUUUCAAAGGGAGUUUGCUUGUUUCACUCUAACUUGAAGAGAUAUUUGUCAUGACGUAUUAUCCCAUUGCCUCGCUGCAGACAGAGAUUUCAAAAAUGUUCUAAAGCAUCAGGUAUUAUUUUCAAUAAGCAAUCAUUUACUUUAAUGGUUUCAACUCAUAUUAAGCCAAAAUAUUGUUGCCAAUAUUAGCAUGUGACUUAGAUGUCAUUUACUUGUAGGCCAUGUUUUUCUUUUUUUUUUUGUUGAUUUUUGUUUUUUAUGGUUGGUAAAGUGUCUUUUGUGUAUAAAUCAAAGGAUCAUACUGCUGUUAUUGAUACUUCCUGCUGAUCUAAAAAGCAUCGGAUUGGGUUUGGAUAGCUUUAAAUUCACUUGCAGCCUUUUCAACUCAACAGUGACCUAAAAGGAAAGUCAACCACAGCACUAUGCCAGUUUCUAGCUCUAGGGUCUUCCCAUCCAAGCAAUUGAUUUUGUAACAUUAUGUUCAGAAUGUGUUGAUGAAUAUUUAUUAUCAUAUGAACAAUACGGAAAUGCAGUUAGGAUAUGGUACAACAUUUAUUGGGCAUUUUUGUUUUGUAAAUUUGGAAAAAACUAAAUAGGACCUUGGUUGCACGCUACAGUAUUCAGCACCAUUGAACUCCUUGGUUCAGAUCGUGGCACGUGCCUUUUAAUCAGGAGUUCCUCACCAUGCAUGCAUAAGUCGGCAUGAUGCACACUUCUUUCCUGCCACAGUCCAGAAAGGUGCAUGUCAGUUGAGUUUGCAUCGUUAAUCUGCCCUUAGGUGUGAAUAGCUGUUAAUUGUGAGUGGUGGUCAUGUGACAUACAGCUGAUGGACUUGCUCCCAGAUGGCAGUAUACCUUUAAGGCUGAUUUAUACUCCAGGUCGUCUGCAUGUGUGUCGCAGUGAAUGCAAAUGUGUCCCUGCCACUUCUGUAAACACUCUGCAUCACCUCUCCAAAAUCGUAGGUGACCGCAGACAGUGGGCCUCUUAUUGGUCUAAUCAACGUCCGCUCUACACUAUGCGUAUUUCCUGUUUGGUACCUUACCGGCUUGUUUUGUCUGUAUGACCGUCAUUGCGGAAAAAGACUCAUGAAGUAGGACCAGCUAGAAGAGCGCGCGAGAACACUGGUACCUUUUUCCCACCUGGAUCCCCGCUCUUUUUCGCCAUCCAUUUGUCGCAAAAACUUGCCCCCACUUCCUCACCGCCUUGGCAUUAUCUAGACCCACAGCUAGUUCGUGAUUGACCCUCUUGGGUUGUGGCAUGUAAUAAAAUAGGCCAGACCACGCUUCAAUAUUGGGCAUAAAUCAAAAAUAUCUGUGACAAGCUCACUGCGACACACUGCGCUCACUGCCAAGACUGCUAUUUUCCCCCUUGGAUUGAAUGAGGAACCUUAGUGAGUUUCUCACCAUAAAGUUGGAUUAUGGGUUUAAUCAAGCAAACUGGCUACAUUUUCAGACACCAAUUAAAAGCCACAAUUCACUCAAA